UAUAGCUUAGUGUUAUGGGUGAUACAAAAGAAGCUAAAAUGCAGAUAACACCAGAAACUCCAGGACGAGUCACAGUCCUGAAUCCUUUUGAAAGUCCCAGUGAUUAUUACACUCUUCAGGAGCAGAUUGUCUCCAGUCCUUCAGUCUUUAAAUCGACAAAAUCCUCAUCUACACCAGGAAAAUUUAGAUGGUCUAUUGAUCAGCUUGCUCUAAUAAAUCCUGUGGAAAUUGACUCAGAAGAUGUUCGACGCCAAGCAAUGUAUUUGAGUCAUGCUAGAAUUGAUAAGGAGACAGAAGACAGAAGGCAAAAAGCCAUUGAAGAGUUUUUCACGAAAAGACUCAUAGUUCCUUCUCCUUGGAUUGAACAUGAAGGCAAGCAAGUUUCUCAGUUUAGUUCAACUAAAUCCAUAGAUCUAAACAUUUCUCCAAUUGGAAGACAGCUAACUUUGCAGCCUGGGAAAUGCAAUGCCUCUUGUCAGACAGUACUGUCUUUGCCAGUGGAUUUUAACUUAGAGAAAAUACUAGGUGAAUAUUUUAGAGCUGAUGAAUUUGCAGAUCAGUCUCAAGAAAAUCUGAGCUCUUCAUCACUCAGAAGAAAACUCUUUUUAGAAGAAAAUGGAAGUGUGUCUGAGUGUUUGUCCCCUUCUCUGCGUAGUCCAUGUGGUAGUCAGCCACUUGGAGUGCUUUGUUCAAUUGACAUAUCUCCAGUCCGGUGCAGAAGCCCUCUGGAAACAUCUAGUUCAGGUCAGUUUUCCUCAAGUCCUAUUCAGGGAGGAGCAAGGGCUUAUAGUCUUGGAAGUAUAACGAGUCCCACGUUUCCAGAGGGGUCUCCUGCACACAAUGGUUCUCCUACUUUUUCACCAAUUGCUUUUCACAUAAGAAAGACACCACUGUCAGACCAAAGAAAACUUACAUUUUGUUCUCCAGACAUUCCUUCUUCCUCGAAUAGAAUGACACCCCCAAGUACAAGAAGUCCUUAUAUAGAUGGUUGUUCUCCAAUUAAAAAUUGUUCUCCUAUGAGGCUUGGAGCAUGUAGAGGAACUGCCCAGUAUCAGACUUCUGUCAUUAGAAUACCAAUUGCAGUUGAAAGUCACGGUGAGGAUGAGGAAGACAAGGAAAAUGCUUCUCCAGCUGAAGCUCGGUUCCCAGAAAUGGAUAAUGGAAUAAAGUUAUGUCAGCAAGAUGGUGAUACUUUCUCAUGUGGUACACAUCUCGUGGUAGCAACUGUGUCUAUUGCACCAGAUCACUCGGAAGCUUGUCAUCAAAGGUUGUCGUCAUUUCAGGAUAUAGAAGGCUCAAAGGAAAAUAAUACUGUAGAUAUGGCUGAUGCAGCUGAAGUGUCAGAGGAAAACACUUGGAUAAAAGAAACAAUUGGCAAUAGCAAUGCACCGAUGACCAGCUUUAUGACAGGGAUUACUUUCAGUAUUGAAAACUCUCGCAUGUGCAUGUCACCUCUUGCAGAAAGCAGCGCGAUUCCUUGUGACAACAGUAGUAUUCAGGUGGACAGUGGUUAUAAUACACAGACUUGUGGAAGCAGCAUUAUGGAUACCGCGGGGGCUGAGAACAGUUGCAGAGAAAAUGAUGUGAAUCCUAACGUGUUUCAGAAUAAAUCUCAGCUUCUUAGAACAAAGGAGUGUUCUGUUUUAAGCCAUAAGGACAGUCAGUUGCUGAGAACAAAAUCUCCGGAGAAGCAAUCCUGUUUCCAAAAAGCAAAACUACAUAGUACAGUAUUUGGUCAAAAUGCAACUUGCAACAUUUCGGCCUGGAAACAUAAAAAUGAAAAUCAAGUUCAGGGAUUUCAUAAAAAUGGUAUGUAGUUUUCUGAUGGAGAGCUUAAAUUGUGUUGUCUAAUAAAUUUUUAUAUAUGUGACCUCAAUUACCUGGAUUAUAUAUACUAUUUUGCUUUUUUAAUGCAAAUGUAAUAAAUUGUUAUCUAUUAAGGGAGUUUUUAAAUAAUGCGGGGUUUUUCAGGUCUUAUUAAUUAACAAAUGUAUUGGUAUCAUUAAGUGAUCCUUUUGAAAAUUGAGGUGGCUAGACUUGGUACAAAGAAACCAUAGCAUUUCUUCAGAAUUGUGUUCCUUCUGUGAUGAGCGCAGAUUCCACGAGGAGCCUUGUUUUGAAAGCUUGGACGUAACUUCAGCUUCAAGAGGAAUAUUUUAGAGAGACUGAGCAAACCUAGGGUAACUUGUGUAGGAGCCAAGGUAACUGCAAAAAGACCUACGUCUUAAGGCAUGAGGGAAAUUUUUCUUUGGGGGAGAGAAAAAGGAAAGGAAUGUUAGUUUUGAUUUGGAUUGCUUUUUCCCCUGAUCAGAUUUAUUGUGUGGCUUCCGGAAUACUGGCACUGGGUGCCAAGAAAGAGCCACUGGAUAGGAAUGAACUGCUGGGGUGUGAUGAGAGCAGAGCUGGGUGACAGGAGGGGAGUGUGUGUCUGUCAGCGUCACUUAAGUAACAGCCGUGAAACUCAGCUCUGACUUUUGCAAGGAAAUAAUUUAAUUGGUGCUUCAGAAAUGGGUCCCUGGAAUAUGUGUAUGUUUUAUAGUAGACAGAAAACUGUUAAAAAUGGGUGCUUUGAUUUUAAUACCAGGCUAGUCCUUUUACUUAAGUUUUCCUUGCAAACAGCUGCAUGAAAACUCCAUUCCAGUUACGGAAAUUUUGUACUUUUCCACAAUUAAAAAAGUUUAAUUCUCGUAGUAAUAGAAUAAGCUGUAUGUCAGAAGAAGCCUUUUAGCAGUUCUUCAAGUUUUUUCCUUGGUUUGACAGAAAUCAAGGAAAAGGACAGGUGGCAGAAAUCUCUUAAUAGGCAAAUAGAAUCUCUUCCCCCUAAACAAGCAGUUCUUACUCUUAAAACUGUAUCUGUCAGUUGGCUUUACCGUGUACUUCAGCAAGAUGUACUAUUGGUUACUCUAAAAUUAAAUGAUAGUGUUAUUACUUCAGUAGCUGUGUUGGUACUGAUCUUGAAGUGGAUCACCAGUCCCCACCAGUGUCUCUUCUAAGAACAGCUGCAUCCAAAUUGAUGCUCCAGUUCCCUUUUGAAGGAAUAUGGGAAGGUGCAAGAAGGUUGAUUGGUCUCAGUACAUCAGUAAAAGAAUGGUGCUGCUUUCUUCUAUUAAAGGAAACCAUUACACUUCUAUUUCCUUCUUACAUUUAAUUCCCAAUACUACUCUGUCUGCUUACAGAAAUUACCACAAUAUUUAGAUAAUGACUUAGAAAUAUAAUUCAAUUUUGCAUCCCGCUUACUGCAAAAAAGGAUUAAUAUAAAUAAAUUCUUGAUACUUUCAAGAAAACUGUCAAUGAACAAAAGUAAUGGAAUGAGAAGGGUCUGGAAGCCCAGAACUCCCUUUACCUAAUCAAAUUGGAUUUGGUUCAAUUUGAUGGGAUUUGUUUAAAAUGACCUUCUGGAAUUCAUAAAUGUGAAUGGGGGGAGGAAACAUAGAGUAAUCUUCUAGCCCUGGAGACUAAGAGCUGAAGAAGAGAGAGGGGAGAUACUGAGGUUUCAGGGCUCAGUGUCUACGUGUGGAGUUCUGAAGUAAACUUUGCUGGAUUAAUCAAAAAGGAAAGCCCAUUCUAGGUACGUGCUCCAGGGGAAGCGGCCUUGCUCUCUGUUCAUAGCAAGGAUAUCCAGUCCCAGGAGGACACUGGAUGGAAGUUCUGCUGCCCAUUUUGUUCCACAACCCACAGAAAAGCUUGUAUCAAACUGAUGGACCCUGGCUGAUGAUGGCAUGCUAAGCCUGAAAGAGUUGGUCAGGCCUAAAUUUGAAGGCAACUGAGGACUUUUUUUUUGUUUUGUUUUUUUUUUAAAAAAAUCUCAAAAUGGGGAUUUAGGAAGGGUAUUGCAUAGCAUUAAAAAGCAAGGCGCUAGACCUGAGACUUGUGCACAAGCAUCUUAUGAAUAGAACAGCUCUUGAAGUAUUUUCAUUAAUAACCCACUAGUGAAGGCUUUCUGAAAAUUACACUUGGGGAAACUUCUGUACCAUCAAGAAAGCAUCAUUUGGUUUUAGUUCUCACAGUGCAUAAAUAGUAAUUAAAAAAAAAAAGAUAUUUCUAACCAGCAAACAUGUGUGUUAUUUUUACUUCCAUAGCAAUUUAAUCAGUAUUUCUGUUAUGUGAAUCUGAUUGAUGGUAAUUGAACCUAAUGUCCUGAAUUACCUUUUCAUCAUCUUGAAAAGAGUGCCCUGCUAAAAGCUGGAAAUACGCUGAAUUGGUAACUUUUGAGGGACUAAUUUUGUUCAAGUAGAGAAUGAACAUAAGACUUCUGGAAAAUGAAUUUAUUGAAUGGGUCAUUCAAAACAUUCUCAGCUUUCAUUUGUAAGGUUUGUAGCUCAAAAGCAAGACACAACUGGUCUGAGAUGUAGAAGUUAUGACCUUGUGUCUUUUCUGUUUCUCAUGAUAAUUCUCUCUAACAGUAAUCAAAAGGGUGAAUUUCAGAUUUCUGGACUGUACAAAGGAUUUAUUUUUGCAAGCAUCAUUACUAAGAAUAGCAGUGAUGUUAAUAUAAAGGGGAUGGUGAGGAGAGCAGUGCAAAUUAUGAUCUGUUUCUGGACUGUUUGGCAUGGUA